GGGGUGUCCUUCGAAGAGGUGGCCGUGAUUUUCACCCCGGGGGAGUGGAGCCUGCUGCGCCCAGCCCAGAGAGCUCUGUACAAGGAAGUCAUGCUGGAGAAUUAUGGGAACGUGGCCUCUCUCAGACCUCUGAUGGCCAAACCUGACCUGAUAUCCCAGCUGGAAGAAGAGGAAGGGCUGUUUCUCGUGGGGUGUGAUGAAGAGGCAGAACUGGCAGCAGGAGACUUGUGGCAGUCAGUGAAUGGAGCAGAAGAACACCGAUCGAUGAGGAAAGAGGAUAUACAGUCACAUGCAAAAAAUAAGUUUGAAGAUUUGGAUGCACCCAGGAAGGAGGAGGGAAAACACCCACCAAAAGAGAAAAAUAAUUCCAGUCCUACACAGAGGGAUGACUCUGUACAGCAAAACAUAUGUCAAGGAGACACCAGGAAAGAGUGCACUGCAAGCAGGGGAAAUUACACUGAAGUAUCUGUUAUUAAUACUCAACCAAAGAUGUUUAACAAAAAGAAAAUAUAUAAAUGCCAGGAGUGCGGGAAAAGCUUCAGUCACAGUGGAAACCUCACUUCCCAUCGAAGAAUUCACACAGAGAAGAAACCAUACAAAUGCCUGGAGUGCGGGAAAAGCUUCACUUACAGUUCCAGUCUUUCUUCCCAUCGAAGAAUUCACACAGGGGAGAAACCAUAUAAAUGCCUGGAGUGUGGGAAAAACUUCAGUCAUAGUUCCCAUCUUAGUUCUCAUCAAAAAACUCAUACAGGGGAGAAACCAUACAAAUGCCUGGAGUGUGGGAAAAGCUUCACUCUGAGUUCCAGUCUUACUUACCAUCAAAGAAUUCACACAGGAGAGAAACCAUACAAAUGCCUGGAGUGUGGGGAAAGCUUCAGGAAGAGUUCCCAUCUCAGUACCCAUCAAAAAACUCACACAGGGGAGAAGUCAUACAAAUGCCUGGAGUGUGGGAAAAGCUUCAGGUUGUGCGCUAAACUUACUUCCCAUCGAAGAAUUCACACAGGGGAGAAACCAUAUAAAUGCCUGGAUUGCGGGAAAAGCUUCACUCAGAGUUCCACUCUUUCUUCCCAUCAAAGAAUUCACACAGGCGAGAAACCAUACAAAUGCCUGGAGUGUGGGAAAAGCUUCAGAAAAAGUUCCCAUCUUACUUCCCAUAGAAAAACUCACACAAAGGAGAAACCAUAUGAAUGCCUGGAAUGCGGGAAAAGCUUCACUCAGAGUUCCAGUCUUACUUCCCAUCGAAGAAUUCACACAGGGGAGAAACCAUAUAAAUGCUUGGAGUGUGGGAAAAGCUUCACUCAGAUUUCUAGUCUUAGUUCUCAUCGAAAAACUCACACAGGUGAGAAACCAUACAAAUGCCUGGAGUGUGAGAAAAGCUUCAGGACGAGUUCAGAUCUCAGUACCCAUCAAAAAACUCACACAGGGGAGAAGCCAUAUAAAUGCCUGGAGUGUGGAAAAAGAUUCAGGUUGUGUGCUAAACUUACUUCCCAUCGAAGAAUUCACACAAGGGAGAAACCAUAUAAAUGCCUGGAAUGCGGGAAAAGAUUCACUCAUAGUUCCAGUCUUACUUCCCAUCAAAGAAUUCACACAGGGGAGAGACCAUAUAAAUGCCUGGAGUGUGGGAAAAGAUUCAGUCAGAGUUCCAGUCUUACUUCCCAUAAAAAAACUCACACAGCGGAGAAACCAUACACAUGCCUGGAGUGCGGGAAAAGCUUUACUUACAGUUUCAAUCUUACUUCCCAUAGAAGAAGUCACACAGCCGAGAAACCAUACACAUGCCUGGAGUGCGGGAAAAGCUUUACUUACAGUUCCAGUCUUACUUCCCAUCAAAGAAUUCACACAGGGGAGAAGCGUUAUAAAUGCCUAAAGUGUGGGAAAGGCUUCAGUCAGAGUUCCCAUCUUAGUUCUCAUCAAAGAAUUCACACAGGGGAGAAACCAUAUAAAUGCCUGGAGUGCGGGAAAAGAUUCAGUCAGAGUUCCAGUCUUACUUCCCAUAAAAAAACUCACACAGCGGAGAAACCAUACACAUGCCUGGAGUGCGGGAAAAGCUUUACUUACAGUUUCAAUCUUACUUCCCAUAGAAGAAUUCACACAGCUGAGAAACCAUACACAUGCCUGGAGUGCGGGAAAAGCUUUACUUACAGUUCCAGUCUUACUUCCCAUCAAAGAAUUCACACAGGGGAGAAGCCUUAUAAAUGCCUAAAGUGUGGGAAAGGCUUCAGUCAGAGUUCCCAUCUUAGUUCUCAUCAAAAAACUCACACAGGGGAGAAACCAUAUAAAUGCCUGGAAUGCGGGAAAGGCUUCACUCUGAGUUCCACUCUUUCUUCCCAUCAAAGAAUUCACACAGGGGAGAAACCAUAUAAAUGCCUGGAGUGUGGGAAAAGCUUCAGUCAGAGUUCCCAUCUUACCUCCCAUACAAAAACUCACACAGGGGAGAAACCAUACACAUGCCUGAAGUGUGGGAAAAGCUUCAGGUGUGGUUCUGAUCUUACUUCCCAUCAACGAAUUCACACGGGGAAACCCUAUAAAUGCCUAUAGUGUGGGAAAAGCUUCCGUCAGAGUUGCAGUCUUACUUCCCAUCAAAGAAUUCACACGGGAGAAAACAUAUAAAUGCCUGGAGUGG